UCUGGUCUUAGAUUUACGCAGCACGAUAUUUUGAUCUUGGAACACAGUUUACACACAGAAGUAUGUAAGAAUAGAAAUAUAAAGAAAACUUAUGCUGCAUAUGGUCACUUACAAAAAUCAGCGCUGCUAAACACCUCGCGUCAGCGUCAGCGUCGUGCGUAAAGUUGUGCAAUGCAAGGGAACGGUAGCUCGUUGGCACCGGGUUUGGCAUCAUGCGGCCAGGCUCUAGAUGAAGGUGAUGUUAUUUUCAACCAGAGAGCGGGAGCUCUCCACAAUCUCUCCCUGCGCUGCUGGCUACAGCUCCUCUCCAAAGAGUCCGCGCCGGAGCUCUACGGCGACAGUUCGAGCAUGGCAAUGCGCGUGGUGAUCGCGCUCGUCUACCUGAUCGUUUGCGCGCUGGGACUCGUCGGGAACCUUUUGGCACUCUACCUGCUGCAGUCGCGCCACAGACUCAAGCAGUCCUCCAUCAACUGCUUCGUUAUGAGCCUGGCCGUGACCGACUUGCAGUUCGUCCUGACCCUACCUUUCUGGGCCGUGGACACCGCUUUGGACUUCCGAUGGCCUUUUGGAAAGGUGAUGUGCAAGAUCAUAAGCUCGGUGACCACCAUGAACAUGUACGCCAGCGUUUUCUUCCUGACGGCCAUGAGCGUUGCGCGUUACUGUUCCCUGUCCUCCUCCCUGCGGAUGCAAAGUACCAAGACGGCUUCGGCGGAGGUGAAAUGGGCCAGUUUGGGAAUCUGGGCCGUGUCUGUGGUGGCCACCAUUCCACAUGCGGUCUACUCAACCACGGCGCAGAUAUCAGACGACGAGCUGUGCUUAGUGCGCUUUUCGGACUCGGGAGGCUGGGACCCACAGCUGUUGUUGGGUCUUUAUCAGACCCAGAAGGUGCUUUUGGGGUUCGUGAUACCUCUCGUUAUCAUCUGCGUAUGUUACCUCCUCCUGUUGCGCUUCGUACUGCGGCAGCGUGUCAGCGGCAUCCCCGGUUCUGAAAGCGAGAGAGGUCGCAUCAAGCGCCGCUCCAAAGUCACCAAAUCCGUCACCAUCGUGGUGCUGUCAUUUUUCUUGUGUUGGCUACCCAACCAAGCACUGACUCUUUGGGGAGUGCUCAUCAAAUUCGACCUGGUACCUUUCAGUAAUGCGUUCUACAACGCGCAAGCUUACGCGUUCCCCAUCACAGUGUGCCUCGCGCACACGAACAGCUGCCUGAACCCGGUGCUGUACUGCUUGAUACGACAGGAGUACAGAACUGGACUUAAGAAACUUCUUUUCAGGGCCACUCCGUCUAUUCGCUAUCUGGCCAAGCUGGUGUACAGGGGCAAGAGGGUGGCUGAAGCACCACCCGGAGUGGCCGUGGUGCAGAUGGAGAUCGGUAUGUGACAUUACGAAAAAAAGACCCUAGAAAACUCACAAAGAGUUUACAAACGUUUUAUUUCAUUUUUAUUUAAAUCUCGUAACAUGGAUUUGCAUACGCACUUAAUGCCGAGCUUGUGAAAUAUACAACAUGCAUAUAAAUGUUUGGACACACUUUACGUUGUUUGUGAGCUCAAAAACCUUUCGGUUUAUUUAUUUUAUUCCAAAAAAUAUUUGUUUUUGUAUGUUUGUUUGUUUUAAAGAGAACUCAUUCAGAGCUGUUUUAUAAACAUAUGAUUGACUAAGUCUCAAAUAACUUUGAUUUGUUGAACUAUAUUUACAAUAAGUAUUUCACUUGUUGACAUUAGGCCUACUUUACUAUAUUUUUAAUGUUUCGAUUAUUGAUUACUAUUCUAAAAAAUGAUUACUAAUAAUACAAAAUUAUGAUUAAGUGUGUCCAAACUGUCAACUGAAGUCACAAUAAGACCAUACGUGCACUGGUGUUUAAACCAUCUCAGAACGCCAGCAUCAUCACAUGUACAGUUUAUGCAAAGCGGUACUCAGUUUUAGGAAAUUUAAAAACUGACAAUAACUCUUGCGUUGAAACCAAAUGCAUACAUUCCUGCAAGAUAAAUGCAAGAGAAAAUAAGAUUGAACUUUGUGGACCUUGAAUGGACAAGACCAAAUAUAAAUCAGAUUUGCUGAGGAGAGACUGUUUUCUAAACUCUCCUUGAGCACUUUGUAUGUUUAGUGUUAGAUAUUCAUGUACUGUCCAUAAGCUGACACAAACGCUGUCGGGUAUAUCAGCUGUACUAUAACACUGUCUGCUGGACUUUACAAGUGCCUGUUUUUAGGGCAUUGUGUUUUUCUUUCACUCACAUGUGAAUCUUGUGCUUACAUUAAAGGUUAACUCAAGUAUUGAAUUUACUCUGUA